AUGGAAGCAAUGACGAGGACGAUGUUGAAUCUUCCCAACGAAUUAGCAGAGGAGAUUCUCUCUAGGGUUCCCUUGAAAUCCAUCAAACCUGUGCGGUUAACUUGUAGAAAGUGGAACGACCUAUCCAAAAGCCCUAGCUUUAUGAAGUUGCACCUUGGUAGAUUAUCAGCCGCAGCAAAGGAAGGUGAGACUCAGAUGGUCGCGAUGAUCGGCAACAAUACUUAUUUAGCGAGCAUCGACGUCAACGGAGAUCCAUCUACAGAGAACAAAGGCAAACUUAACUUGCUAAACGAAACAGAUGAGAUAUAUCAGAUCUUUCACUGCGACGGUGUAUGGCUAUGCAUCUUGCAAGAUCAUUCUAGGUAUCUAGUUUCGAAUCCGUACUUGGGGCUAAAACAGUGGAUCGAACCAAGAUAUCCUCAUCAUCCACACGGAUUGAAGGACACGUUCAGACCGUUCACUUACGCUCUCGGAUACGAGAACAAGAAGGGAAAGUCUUGUCGUAGCGUCAAACUCUUGAGGUUUCUAGAUUAUUACCAGAAGCAACCCGAGGAACAAUUUGUUUGGUAUGAAAUAUACGAUUUCGACUCUGAUUUAUGGACCACUCUUGAUAUCACUCCACACUGGCGUGACGGUUUUCAUGACCUUGGCGUUUCAGUCAAAGGAAACACUUACUGGAUUGCUGUAGAAAGGAACUUAGACGCCAAGGGAGUCUUUGGUGAUCACAUAGUCUGUUUUGAUUUUACGAGUGAGAGAUUUGGGCCUCUCUUGCCUCUGCCGUUUAGUGUUGGGAAUAAUGACUAUGCGACUCUAUCUAGUGUUAGAGAAGAGAAGCUUGCGGUUUUACUUCAGAACAACGGUGCAAAUCCAUAUGAGCUUGACAUAUGGAUUACGACUAAGAUUGGGGUCCAAGAGGUGUCUUGGAGCAAGUUCUUGAAAAUGGAUACGAGACCUGACGAUGACAUGAUUGGUCAGUAUAUACAAGAGGUUCCAUUUAUAGAAGGAAAUUUUUUCAUCGACGAGGAGAAGAAAGUAGCCAUGGGUUUUAAUGACGGCUAUCCCGUAAAAUUUGUCAUCAUUGGAGAGGAUGGAUGCGUUACAGAAUUGGAUCUCCUCGGAGAACCUGUAGGCUUAGAGUGCACGACACAUCUGUGCGCUUAUGUUCCGAGUUUACUGCAAAUCAAGGGGCCUGCGGAAGGAGAAAGGAAACAAGAAAGCAAGUUAGAGAAACUUCGAUAUGAUGAAAAGAUGUCGAGACUUGUGGCAUAUGAAGAGCGACAAGAGAGGCGGAGGAAAAACAAGUUUAGGAGAUUAUUCGAGCAUCUCCAUUAG